AUGCGUUGUACAUAUUCACUUAGAGCCUCGUUGUCAUCAACUGUUUUUACGACAAGGAAAUCAUUUGAACGACAGUUAGAUAAUUCACCAACUACAGCAUUUCAUUACUAUUGUCAAUUACAACAUGAUCCAAGGAUUAAUAACGAUUUGCAAUGGAAGAAGUUCAUGCGUAGAGAAUGGGAAAUGCUUUCACAUACAAGGAAAAGGUUAUACUGUGCAUUUUAUUUCCAUUUUAAGGGUAUAGAUUAUAAAAGCUUAAACAAAUUUGAAUUAGCUAAAUUCCUUGAACUUCCAACACCUGCCACCAGUGAAUAUAUGAUGUUUAGGAAUAUCUUUAAAUCUAAGUUUGAUAAUGCAUGGUUAGAAAAUCUGAGAAAGUUGAAUGAUGUAAAUAAUAAGGGACGAUUGGUGAAAAGAUCACCGAUAACUGGUGGUCAUCGGUUGACAGUGUAUGUCCCGUUGAAUCGAGAUCAAUUACAAUUCGAAGCUACGAAUUAUACUAAAAGAUACCAACAGAUGUGUAGAGAAUGUCGACAUGUUUGGAAUGAGAAAGUUACCAUAGAACAGAAAUCACUAAUUAGGGAAAAAUGGGAACAAGAAAAGCAGGCGUUUAAUGAUAAUAUUCAUAGUGAAAUUGAUGCGUUAAAAAUUAAUUUGAACAGAUUAAAUCAAUUAGGACUACGACAGGAAUAUCUGCUUUUCGAAGAAAAUAGUGGUGAAUCCAUGAAGAAAAAAUGA